GGCCCCGCGCCUUUUGUGUCGGGCUUUGACCGCCGCGCGCGCUCAUUCACCUCAGCGGCCGCGGGCGGUGGGGCGCACGCGCGCGCAGUCGCCUCGGCGGGCGGUGGGGCACACAGCAACGCGCGUAUCCUAGCUCUCGGCUGCUGGGCUGAGACUAGCCCGCACGCCCGCCCGCCUCUCCCUCGAGGACUCGGAGCCGCCUGCGCGCUCGCCAGGGGCCGCCGCCCCGAGUCUCAGGCGGACGCGCACGCGCUCCCGCCGCCCGGACCCCAGCCGGCUCGCCCCCUCCCACUCCCCCUUCCCCGGCGGCGGCCCCCAGGCACGCGCCCGCGCACACGCCGGCCCGGGCACGCGCCCGCCAAGAUGGCAGGGGCCGGGGCCCAGCUGUCAGUCGCCGCCGCCGCGGCCCUUCCCCGCAGCUAGCGGCCCCGACGCCCGCCAGGAGAAGAUGAGCCCCCGCUGCCCCCCGCAGCCCAGUCAGACGCGGAGCCGCCGCGCCCGGGGCCGGCUCCCCCGCUAGCGCCCGCGCCUAGCGCCCCGCCGCCGCCGCCGCCGGGUCGCCCCUGGUCCGGCGCGCCCGUCCCCGGCAGCGACAAUGAGUGAACAGAGUAUCUGCCAAGCCCGGGCUUCCGUGAUGGUCUACGAUGACACCAGUAAGAAAUGGGUACCAAUCAAACCUGGCCAGCAGGGAUUCAGCCGGAUCAACAUCUACCACAACACUGCCAGCAACACCUUCAGAGUCGUUGGAGUCAAGCUGCAGGAUCAGCAGGUUGUGAUCAAUUAUUCAAUCGUGAAAGGGCUGAAGUACAAUCAGGCCACGCCAACCUUCCACCAGUGGCGAGAUGCCCGCCAGGUCUACGGCUUAAACUUUGCAAGUAAAGAAGAGGCAACCACAUUCUCCAAUGCAAUGCUGUUUGCCCUGAACAUCAUGAAUUCCCAAGAAGGAGGUUUUUGUUUUCACUCAGGUCAGUUCACCAUGACUUCUUCACCUGAACCUUUCCCCCAGGGCCCCUCCAGCCAGCGUCAGGUGCAGAAUGGCCCCUCUCCUGAUGAGAUGGACAUCCAGAGAAGACAAGUGAUGGAGCAGCACCAGCAGCAGCGUCAGGAAUCUCUAGAAAGAAGAACCUCGGCCACAGGACCCAUCCUCCCACCAGGGCAUCCCUCAUCUGCAGCCAGCGCCCCCAUCUCAUGUAGUGGGCCUCCACCGCCACCCCCACCCCCAGUCCCACCUCCACCCACAGGGGCUACCCCACCUCCCCCACCCCCACUGCCAGCUGGAGGAGCCCAGGGGUCCAGCCACGACGAGAGCUCCAUGUCAGGACUGGCCGCUGCCAUAGCUGGGGCCAAGCUGAGAAGAGUCCAACGGCCAGAAGAUGCAUCUGGAGGCUCCAGUCCCAGUGGGACCUCAAAGUCCGAUGCCAACCGGGCAAGCAGUGGGGGUGGCGGAGGAGGCCUCAUGGAGGAAAUGAACAAACUGCUGGCCAAGAGGAGAAAAGCAGCUUCCCAGUCAGACAAGCCAGCUGAGAAGAAGGAAGAUGAAAGCCAAAUGGAAGAUCCUAGUACCUCCCCCUCUCCGGGGACCCGAGGAGCCAGCCAGCCACCUAACUCCUCAGAGGCUGGCCGGAAGCCCUGGGAGCGGAGCAACUCGGUGGAGAAACCUGUGUCCUCGAUUCUGGCCAGAACCCCGUCUGUGGCAAAGAGUCCCGAAGCUAAGAGCCCCCUUCAGUCGCAGCCUCACUCUAGGAUGAAGCCUGCUGGGAGCGUGAAUGACAUGGCCCUGGAUGCCUUCGACUUGGACCGGAUGAAGCAGGAGAUCCUAGAGGAGGUGGUCAGAGAGCUCCACAAGGUGAAGGAAGAGAUCAUUGACGCCAUCAGGCAGGAGCUGAGCGGGAUCAGCACCACGUAAGGGGCCUGCCUCGCAGCGCUGAGACGUCGAGUCCAUCCGGCGACAGAGUACAGCCAGGAGCCCAGCCAGCCCCAGACUCCAGUGCACCGGAGCACGCACAGGAGCCUGGGCGCGCUGCCGUGAAACGUCCUGACCUGUGACCACACGUUACAGUGAGGAAACCAAGUGCAACUCCUGGGUUUUUUAGAUUCUACCUGACACAGAACACCAGGUCUGCUCAUCUUUUUUGUGUUUUAUAUUUGCUUAUUUAAGGUACAUUUCUUUGGGUUUCUAGAGAGAUGCCCCUAAGUCACCUGCUUCAUUAGACGGUUUCCAGGUUUUCUCCCAGGUGGCGCUGUUAGCACCUCAGCUGGCAGUGACCGCCGGCCCGGCGUGGCACCACUGCACACCGCAGAGCUGUCCAGGCGCAGCUCUGUCCCCAGCGCUCAUGGUGUUGAAACUGUCUGUCAUGCACCACGGUGUCUGUGUCCACACAGUAAUAAACAGUUUACUGUCCGCA